CUAAACAAAUAAUGGUAAUAAUUGUCGUCAUCUUCUGUCUUCUUCGACGAUUAAUAUUUAUCUUCAUUUCUCCUACGCAUAAAAUCCUUCGUUUUUCCAUCAUACAAGAACUCUUCAUUUUUCUGCAUCCACUGCUUAGUCUCUUCAAUUGUGAAAUUUGAAAAAAGCCCUCCAGAAAAAAGAAAGAGUAUUCUUUUACCUUUUUUUGUUGGAACUUGCAAUUGAAGGAAGUAAGCAGUGGUUGAAGGAGAAGUAAGAAGAUUAUUGUAAAAAAAAGGAAGAUAAGGAGGAUUCUGGUAUGAGAAAUGAAGUAAAAAAUUUAUCAUAUUAUAAGACAUAAGAGGAUGAACAUCUAUUUUGCUUUUUUUAGUUUAAUUAUUUUUUAAAAAGUAUUAUUUGUAAUGUUCUAAAUCAAAUAAGAAUAUAUUAUUUAAUUGUGUGAUGAGGUAUAUGAUUUUGUCAACUUUGGUGCUUAACUUUGAAAAAAAAAUAGAUAUUAAAUAGUAGGGUUAAUAGCAUUUUGUACCACUCGACUAUUGUAAAUUAAUAAACGUACCUCUAUAUUUUACACAAACAUACCCUUCUAGUAUCAAAACGUAACAAAUAUUUCCUACUGUCUAAAUAUCCGUUAAUCGACGGUUAACAAAGCGGCCAUCUUGGCUGAGCGCCACUGUUAUGUUAUCGUCAGGAGAUAUCGCUGCUCCGGCCACUAGUGUCUUGUCCUAGGCAUCUUGUUUCGCUCGAUGCUUUCUUCUCCACCCGUCGAAACCCGGGCGCAACUGAUUCAAUCGGUGGGGGAGUAUUCAAGCGAAUCAGGAGGACAAGGGAGACGAACGGAUGGAUAGUCGAGUGGCGGGAAUCGGUUUAGGGAGUCCUUUUAAUUAUUAUUAUUAUAUGGCAAAAUUCACUUCCAUAGCCAUAACUUUGCACUUUGUGACAAAUAUAGCCAGAUUCUGAGAAAUACACAAAUAUAGCCACAUUUUAUAAACUUGCUUGACAAAUAUAACCAUUUCGGUUAAAUAAUUUGACGACGUUAAUAAUUCCGUCAGUUAAAUGGAUGUCAUUCUGAUGAGGCUGCCACGUCAUGGCCACGUCAUGCCCACAUAGACCCCCACUGCCACAUAAUCGCCACAUCACAUUUUCAAAUAAAAAAAAACAUAAAUACACUUUUGUGGAUCAUAUUUUUCUUCCUCUUCACAAAUUUUUAAUUAAAAAUUUCCUUUGUUCUUCGCCGGUUCCAUGGUUGGGUAUUGGCAGGAGAACAACCACCGGCACCUACUGGCUGUUGAUGGGUUCAUCUUCAAUCGCCGUCAUCUUUGAUUCAUUACCGCUCUCAAUCCCACGAUUCAUCAUCACCAAAUGAGAAGAAAGUGUUGCAAUUGCAUAUGGUGCUGGUGGUGAAUGUUUCUCAAAUCGAGGAGAUGGGAACAACAAUUUCGCCGCCGCAUCGCCUGCGUUACUCCACCAACCAACGGUCAACCCUUUUUUGCAGAUCUGACAUCACCGGCGGCGCCGACUCAUCCUUCUUGCCGAUGGUGUUGUUGCAAGAUUUAUCUCAGCGUCGGGAGGGAGUUUCAGUUCCGCCGCCGCUACCGCCGAUGUGGAAUCUUCCCAAACCGACAACACCCAACCACUACCUCGUCACCGUACCCACAAGUACAGCUGACACCGACGACGCUUUGUCUCCUCCGGCUGCUUCAACUUUCCAGAUCUCGCGAAUUCAGAGCUCGGAGCUCUGUCCCUUCAAUGGCGAUUCCCAGAAAUCGGAGGAGCAAUCCGCUCGUUCUCUCCCUCAUCAGAUCCCAGUUGAUAAAUUAGGUCAGCAAAGAUGAGGGUCGUUCUCCCCCUUGCUCGAUGUCGCCUUCUUCCUCUACUUCUCUGCUUCAACGACGACGGCGGUGAAUUUGGUGAUUGGGAAUCAUCUAGAUCUGAAGGUUAGUUUCUGUGGUGGGGCUUGAGGGAGGAGUGUGAGGAGGCGGAGGGCGGCUUUGGCGGCGGUGACAAAUACGGCGGAGGAGGAGAGGAAGCUUUUGGAGAUCGAGAUUUUUGGCAGAUUGAAGUUUUGUGCGGUGGUAGAUGAAAGGGGUUUGGGGGAGUUGGAGGAAAGAUGAAAAAGGGGCGGAGAGAUGAAAAAAAAUUCUUUUUCUUUUUCAUCUUUUUAUUUAGCAUAAUAAAUAUAAAUAAUUUUAUUUUCCACUAUGGCAUGCCACGUAGUCCAAAUUAAAUGCAGUUAAAUACGACAGUUUGUCCAGUCAGCAAUCGUUAUAUUUCCGUUACAUUAAUGGACGGAAUGGCUAUUUCUGUGUAUUUCUCAGAAUCUGGCUAUAUUUGUCACAAAGUGCAAAAUUAUGGCUAUGGAGGUGAAUUUUGCCUUAUUAUAUAUAUAUUGAGUUGGGAUAUAAAUAAUUAAAACAAAAUUAGAGUAUACUU